GAAAAAGAAAAGAGGGAAGAAGAUCGGUUGGUCAGCUCAGCCAGCUCUCCCGAAGAAGAAGAAGAGCCAGAGCAGAUCGGCGUGAGAGAUUGAGACUGAGAGAAGGAGAGAGAUUAUCAAGUUGUUGUUUGGGUUAUUUAUUUUGUGUACAAUUGUUGGCCAAAACAAUUUUAAGCCUGUGUUUGUUCCCAAGUUGGAGAGGGAUACCAUUGCUGAGCGGGAACGUCUUGAGGCUGAGGAACGGGCCCUUGAGGAAUCAAAGAAGAAGAGAUUGGAGGAGAGGAAGGUGCAGACAAAGCAGAUUGUGGUUGAGGAGAUCCGGAAAGAUGAAGAGAUUCAGAGGAAUUUGGAAAUGGAGGCAGAUGUUGCUGAUGUGGAUACUGAUGAUGAAGUGAAUGAGGCAGAGGAGUAUGAAGCUUGGAAGGUGAGGGAGAUUGCUAGGAUCAAGAGGGAUAGGGAUGACCGUGAGUCGAUGUUGAAGGAGAGGGAAGAGAUUGAGAGGGUGAGAAACAUGACAGAGGAAGAGAGGAGGGAGUGGGAGAGGAAGAAUCCAAAACCUGCUGCGCCACAAAAGCAGAAAUGGAGGUUCAUGCAGAAAUAUUACCACAAGGGUGUGUUCUUCCAGUCAAAUGCUGACGACACUGCUGCAACUGCUGCAUCAGAUAAUAUUUACACUCGGGAUUUCUCUGCCCCAACUGGAGAAGAUAAGAUGGACAAGACAAUAUUGCCCAAGGUCAUGCAGGUCAAGCACUUUGGUCGUAGUGAAAGGACAAAAUGGACUCAUCUUGUCAAUGAGGAUACAACCGACUGGGACAACCCUUGAGCAGGUAGACAUACAAUGAUCCUCUACGCACAAAAUACAAUGCAAAAAUGGCUGGAAUGAAUGCACCUAUAGCUAAACCUAAAGGGAGCAAGAAAUUGAAGGAUUGGGAGUCUCGUUGAUUUUAGAGCACAUAUGGAAAGCAUUCCUGUAGCUUUUUAUCAAUCAUCUUAUUGGAGAAUUGAGUAUGUUUUGGCUAUUAUUAUUUACUUACAUGUAGGAUUGAUAGCAUCAUUUUCUACUUAUCUUAUUAUAGAAGCAGGCUAAGGCAGUUAUUAUGAAUUCAAAGCAGCUAAGGCAGGUGAAGGUGGCUUUAGUUUUGUGGACAGAAAUGCACCUUAGAAUAUCAUGACACGAGAUUACGAUUCAGUCACGUCAUGUAUUGCAUGUUUUAGUUGUUGGAUACAUACGUUUUCUUCCCACUUAGCAAAAGAAGGUGUUUGAAUUGCAUU